UUUUUUUUUAAAGAGUGUAUAAUAGUGUAUCAGUCAAAGCGGAGUUAGAUGUGCGUCAGCUGCAUAUUUGGCCAAUAUAAUACCGUUAAGUGACGGCAGAUCAAUAGCGCCAGCUGACGCCACCGCCGCCAUGUUUUGAUCUGCGGCAGGCGGGCAAAACUGCCGGCUUGAACAAUGACGGUCAAUAGGAUAUUCAUACUGCAUGUCUAUACUGUGCCACACGAGUUUGGGAUGCUUGGACGUGUCGAAGUAAUGUCAGAUGAGAGUGUUUACAAUGUUCCGGGUUGUUUAGUCGGAUACAACUCACAAGACAACGAGCCAUAGCCUGGAUAUCGGAUACGAUCAUAUUCACAGCUUGUUCUUAAGGUUUGGACGCAGAGCAGCGACACUUCCUGUUGUACGAUUUAAAAAGUUUGUGUAUAUUCAAUAUGUUUCUAUCAGGACGUGGAUCUUACAGUUCCAGUUGUAACGUGGCAUACGUUGAAGUGAAAAGACGUCAGUCGCUGCAGACUUUGAUAUGGUCUUGAUUUAAAAUGAACAGAUAUUUUCGAUUGCUUCUAAAUGACUUGUAUCGAUUCGCAAACCAUCAUAGAUAAUGCGAAGAACGAUUUCUUAAAAUGAGAGUGUACAAGAUAUUCAACAACUUUGUUCUAAGACUGGCCUUCACGUCGAGGCUAACUCUUGUAGUCUAUGGCUUCGUCCUAGGUUUUGUUACUAUGGUGAUUGUGCUGCCCCAUCUGGCGUCGAACAGAAAUACCGGCUUAAUGAAAGGGAAGCAACUGCAGGAAGACACACUGGAGCGACUGCUGAGUGAAGAGAAGAGGAGUGAUGGUGGUGACGACAGACUGGCCCGGGCAGUGCUGAACAGAACCCGGAUCUUGUGUUGGGUCAUGAUCCGAGAUGGCGGCAAUGUCAAGGCCAGAGCUCUGCGGGCAACGUGGGGAAAACGUUGUGAUAAGCUACUGUUCUUUGGCAUUGAUGACGAAUUCGCCGCCAUAGAUUUAAGAACACAGGAAGGGAAGAGAUUUCUAGCUGCCAAAACCUUCACCUGCCUUAAAUACAUCCACAAAUAUCAUUUAAAUGACGCUGAUUGGUUUCUAAAAGCGGAUGAUGACACUUACAUUGUUAUGGAAAAUUUAAAAUAUUUUUUAAGUGAAGAGAAUCCCGAGUUACCUAUUUAUUUCGGCGAGUUUUUUAACCCUUAUGACACUAAAUACCUCCGCUACAACAGCGGAGGGGCCGGCUACGUCCUCAGCAGAGAGGCUCUUCGGCGUUACGGGGAACUUGCGCUUCUGAGAAGCGUUUGCGCGGACCCUGGAGGCCCAGAGGAUAAGGAGAUUGGCUACUGUUUGCGUCAACUCGGUGUUGAGAUCGGAGACACAACGGACCGUUUUGGGAAAAGCAGGUUCCAUUACGACCGCGCGGACUUGCAUGCUGUUGGUGAUGUGAAACAGUGGUACCGUGAUUUCAUGGGAGCUCGAUACAGGAGGGGUACCGACACCAUGAGCGACUACCCCGUCUCCUUCCACUAUCUACAGCACUACGACAUCCACAUCAUGGAGUUUGUCUUGUACAGGCUCCGUCCUCACGGCGUCGUGAAGUCUUUCAAAGAAGUAAACGUGGUAUAAUUCUCUCGGCUCAUCUCAGUCCGAUAUGUCAUGAAUGUGACGGGAAAAGCCGAGUGGAGCCGAAUGCAUAUGAUCAACAAAUCUUCAAUCUAAUUGAAUCAAAACUGUUGCUCCGAUAAGAUACGUCUCAGCGUUUGAUGUCAGAUUCUGUGGCCACUGCCCGAGAUCGGAUUUUGAUGAGACAUGUCUUCACCUGUUGGGGCACGAGUUGCGUCCCUUGCCUUUGCAAAGGUCAAGCUCCUCCCUAGCGCGUGACACCUUCAUUACACCCUCGUUAACAUCGCUGCCACCAGAGUGGGCGCGGCCAUUACAAGAUUCUUGAAAUUUGCCCUCUAACGUUCAUACAUUUGUUUAUGUCUUUGGGAAUG